AUGCUGUGGGAUUCGAGCGAUCCAUGGAGAGCCGCGACCGUUCGAGGCGUCGUUGUGGUCCUGCUCACCCUGCUCUGCUAUGCGAUCACAAUAAGCUAUCUGGACUAUAAACGCCGCAAGCGGCUCACCGCGGAACUAUCUCCGGAGGAAUUCAUCACCGCGCGAGGACGGGUGUCCUCCUUAUCCAUCGCCUUUUCGUGGUUCGCAACUAGCAUGGGAUCGUGGUGCCUGGUAACACCUCCCAGCUAUGGGUCGUUUGCCGGGUUGCUCGGCGUAAUCAUGUAUGCUGUUGCCUGUGGAGGGGCGGUGGUGAGCAUGGCGUACAUCGGCGGAGCGGCUCGUGCUCUUUACCCUGAAGCGUGUUCUUUGCCCGAUUUUAUGCGUCGGCGCUUCAGCGGACGAGCAGCCGCCUCGGGCCGGUUGGCACAGGGGCUUGCUGUUACGAUGAACCUGUUCAAUAUGUGCGUCGCACUCGCCGCCGAAUACACCACAUUUCUCGAACUCCUCCGGUCCUACAGCGGGCUCCCUUUUCGUAUUGCUCUCUGCCUGCUCAUCGCCAUGGCGCUGGCCACUCUCGCCUACACCAUCGCAGGAGGGCUCUUCGUUUCCAUCAUGACGGACCGCCUUCAGGCCAUCGCUGCCCUCUCCUUGGUCGGAGUCUUGCUUGUGUUCACUGCUAGCGUCGUCCCGUGGGAUGGGCUCCCGCCGCUCUCUCCUGAGCUCAAGGGCUACACCUAUUCUGGGUACUCUUCCAUCCUCACCAUGCCGCUCGGCCUCCUUGUCGGCGGCGCCCUGUUUUCUGAGGCGAUGUGGCAACGGGUAUGGGCGAUCGAGGAGCGCCGCGCAAUGGCCCGCGCGGCUUGGACUGCUGGUUUUGCGGUGGCCGCGGUCAUAUUCUUCUUCGGCUUCGUGGGUUUCCUCGCAGUCUGGUCGGGCAAGGCAACCGCUGAAACAAACAUGAACCUCUACUUUUUUGCCAUCUUUAACGAUAGCCCGAUCGCGAGCCUCACCAACCUCCCAGGCUACCUGUCGAUGCUUUGCGCCUGCAUUAUGAGCGCCGGCGCUGCCGACUCGAUGCAAAACGCGAUCGCUGCCACGGUUGGCUCGUCGCUCUUGCGCGGACGCCCGCUCUGGACGACGCGCGCGUGCGUUGUUCUCUGCAACGCUGCGCUCCUGCUCGUCGCCUGCGCCUCGGUACCCGUCCUCUCCCUCUUUCUUACAAGCAAUCUCGCCGCCACUUGUUUGAUGCCCUCGGUGAUGAUGAGCCUAAUUCCUGGGACGUGCGUGCGUGCCGCCGUCACCGAGGGAUCGCUCAUGCUGGGCGCGGUCGGAGGCGUGGGUGGGCUUUCAGCGUACGGCAUCUACAAGGCAGGAGGAGGACUUGGUGCCGGCUUGGCCUUGGCGUGGCUGGGGAACGAGUACGCGUACGACUAUUUUCUUGUCGCCUUGGGAGGGGCGUCGGUUGGCGUUGUGGUUGGCGUCACCGUCGGUUUGCUGCUGCGCUCCUGCUCGCCCGGGAAUGCUGGGGCCGAUGCCGACUACGCGGCCGAGUUUUGGGCCGGAAGCCACGGCAUGAGAAGUGGGCGGCCUCGGAAGACGGAGCUAAAGUGA